UAUUUAAGUGUCUUUUAACUCGAUUUUUCCAAUUAUGAAAUUAUUGGGUUUGGGUAAAAAUUCAUUUUCUUCUUGUGUGGAUUUAAGAAGAGGCUAAGAUCGAGCUUAGUGUGGACUCUAAGUAUGCUCUGAAAGAAGAAGGUGCGAAGCUGAAAGUGAAAAGACGUUGGUCAACCGAGAAGGAUUGGAAAAUCAACAGAGUCAGAGACCCACCCUCUGCUCUUCUUCUAUCUAUAUCUUUGGCCCACAAGGAUGGAGCUCAGAAACCAAAUCCCAGGAGUGUUGCUGCGCUCUGGGGCAGGAAAUGCCUUUGAUAGGCAUGGGAACAGCAACUUCUCCCUUCCCACAACCUCACCGGCUCACCUCCAUCCUUGUGGAUGCCAUUGAGGUGGGCUACCGCCAUUUUGACACUGCUGCUCACUAUGCUUCCGAAGAGCCUCUAGGCCGAGCUAUGGCAGAGGCUGUGGCCAGAGGCCUCAUUAAGGGUCGAAGUGAAGUGUUCAUCACUUCAAAGCUACGGUGCAAGGACAACCGCCCUGAUCUCGUUCUUCCAGCCAUCAACAAAACACUCCAUAAGCUGGGAAUGGAGUAUGUGGAUCUUUAUCUGGUGCAUUGGCCUGUGAGGCUGAGGAACGAAGCUCCAGACAAAGGAUUUCGCGGGGGAGGAUGUUGUUCCAUUGGACAUGAAAAGGGACAUGGGAGGCCAUGAAAGAGUGCUGCAGAUUGGGCCUGGCCAAAUCUGUUGGAGUCAGCAACUCCAGUUGCAACUAUUUACUAAUGGUAAAAGACAAAAUGAAAUAAACACGAAAAUUUUCAA